CUGGAAACUGCCUUUUCGUCGUCCAGCUUGUUCUUAUUUUUUGUGGGAGGCCAUCGUUCCGGCUUCUUCCCCAGCUUCCCGGCGUUGUUUCUGCAACUCCCGUGCGCCAUUGCGGGUUUCAUAAAAUUCCUCCACUAUCUGAUUCUUGCGGCUUAUUCGUUCGAACCUGACUCUUGCAAGGCUUCUCAGAAUCUUAGCUGGGUUUCAAUUGAUGUAUUCACGCUACUAGUGUUUGGUUCCUCUUGCAAGAUGAACAAUUCGUUGACUGAUGACCAUGGUGAAGCAACUGUGGCGGGAUUUGAAGUUCCAAAAUCACCUGAUUCGAGCUAUACAAACGCAUACCCUGGUAAUGAUGAUGAAACUCGUGAUCCACCUAUGGUCCCUCCCCAUUUGCAGCACACUUUACUCAGCUAUCCUGCUAGCAGAGACACUGCAGGAACACUACCAUUACCCCAGAAUGUGAUCCUGAAUCAUCUUUACAUUGAGAACAGUGAAGCCCCAAGAUCCAUGGUGGCAUUGGGAUUUACUCAUCGCUUCCGUUCUAAAUAUGUUACAGUUGUUCUUUACAAACCAGUCCAAACAAGGGGGAGUACAAGCAUUUGAUGUGCUUAUAGUGAUUACUGAUUAUUACCCUCCAGCCUUGUUCGUUAGUAAUGCUUCUGCAUUGAAAUUAGAUAUUAUAGACUAGAUAUCUCAGUUAGCAGGAAAAUAUUAGUGCCCCAUGGCAGUUGAAGUACUUCCGAUCACGUCAGGGUAUUCCAUAUUUGUUUAUUCUGUUUAGUGUUUUAUGGCAAUGGUUUGAGCUUAUUCCUUUCUUUCGCUCCCUCUUUUUCACUGUUUCUCCCGGAUAAGGCUAUCUAUUUUUAAUACUCUGUUCAUGAUCUUUCCUACUACUUGUUCAGCUGGAAAAUGCGGAAUAAAGGAUGAUUGGCAUUAUAUAAAUAGCAUUAUUCUCGA